UACUUCAUUAUACACACAAAGGAAAAAAACUCAGAAAAACAUAUAUACAAACAGCAUAAUAUUAAAUAAUCUACAUUUAAGAUAACAUAAUAUAUUGAUAUGGUGGAAAUAUAUAUUCAUCUAUUUUUGUUCUGUGACUUUGCUUUAAAAGUGUGGAAAGAGGUGUUCCGGUGGCUUGGAUUAGCUAUCGUGAUUCCUCCAAUUUGUUUUUACGUUGAUUGGAAAUUUAGAAAUGAUUUUUAUUUUUUUUUGCAAAUGAGGUUAUUGAUCAGAAGGAGGUGGUUAGUAACAUAAAAGCUAUGUCGUGGCGUUGGGGGUUAAAUAUAUGGAACAUGUCUCAUUGCCUCAGAAUUGUCUGAUUUAAUACCUGUGUUUUUCGAUCAUUUUCUGCUAUUUCGGACUGGUUUUUCUGGUGCAGGGAACUUGAGGUUUCUGUCUUGAGGUAAGUGGUGGCUGGAUUAUGAUUUGGUGCGGUUAGUCCUCGGGUUAUUGGAACAGCGGUUUGAUGGUUUCUUUUGGCUAUAGGUGUUAUGGUGUUCUUUCUUAGAAUUAUCUGUGUGUAUUUGUGCAGGCCAUUUGUUUUGUCUUUUGGCUGUUGUUUUGUUGUUAGUGUGUGGGUGUCAUUGGACUUGGUCCAUUUUGGCUCUUGUAAUGGUUGAUUGAUUCUUCAUAUUUGUAAUUUUACCCAUUCUGAUAACGUCAUGUGAUUGGAUUAGGGAACUAUCAAUAUAUUUUACCAAGUAAAAAAAAACAUAUAAUAUGCAACCUAUGUAUUUAAAAUGCAUAACAGAAAAACAAUGAAAGGAGGAAGAACCUUUUGUGUUCCCACUCAACUAUCAAAACAGUUUAUAAUAACUACACAACAUAUUCAAAUUUCACAAUUUAAAAUAGUCCCUUGUUCCUCAAAACCUUUGUUUGUCAUGUUUCCAACAUUUUCAUUUUGGUUAUAUCUUCUCUUUGCUCUCAACUUUGUCCAAAACACAAUUACCUCUACCUUAAGAAACGAGACGGAUUACUUAGCGUUGCUCAAAUUCAAAGAAUCAAUAUCUAAUGACCCGUAUGAGAUCUUGAGCUCUUGGAAUACUUCAACUCACUACUGCAACUGGCACGGGAUUGCGUGUAGUCUCAUGCAACAAAGAGUUAUAGAGUUAGACUUAGAUGGAUAUAACUUGCAUGGAUUCAUAUCUCCCCAUGUUGGCAAUCUCUCUUUUUUGAUAAGUCUCAACCUUGCAAACAAUAGUUUCUUUGGUAAAAUCCCACAUGAACUCGGUCGAUUGUUCCGAUUGCAGGAACUCUUGAUUAAUAACAACUCCAUGACAGGGGAGAUUCCUACAAACUUGUCAAGUUGCUCUGAUCUUGAAGUCUUAUACUUACAGAGAAAUCAUUUGGUUGGUAAAAUACCAAUUGGCAUCAGCUCUCUUCAUAAACUACAAAUGUUGGGGAUUUCAAACAACAAUCUAACCGGAAGAAUUCCACCCUUCAUAGGAAAUCUUUCAUCCCUAAUUGUGCUUUCAGUGGGUAAUAAUCACUUAGAGGGAGAAAUUCCGGUAGAAAUCUGCAGCCUCAAAAACUUGACAGGGUUGGCAUUGGCUGUCAACAAACUACGUGGUUCAUUUCCUUCUUGUCUUUAUAAUAUGUCAUCUCUAACUGGGAUCUCAGUUGGACCCAAUGAUUUUAAUGGAUCUCUUCCAUCCAAUAUGUUCAACACCCUCUCCAAUCUUCAAUAUUUCGCAAUCGGAAGAAAUGAAUUUUCAGGUACAAUCCCUAUUUCCAUUGCAAAUGCUUCUUCCCUUCUACAACUCGACUUAAGUCGAAACAAUUUUGUCGGACAAGUUCCAAGUCUAGGGAAGCUACAUAAUCUUCAACGACUAAAUCUAGGAUCAAACAAAUUAGGUGACAAUUCAACUAAGGAUUUGGAGUUUUUGAAAACCUUGACAAACUUCACUAAACUAAGAGUGAUUUCUAUAUCCAGUAAUCAUUUUGGGGGUAACUUGCCAAAUUUUGUAGGCAAUUUAUCCACUCAACUUAGUCAGCUAUAUGUUGGGGGUAAUCCAAUAUCAGGAAAAAUUCCUGCAGAAUUAGGAAAUCUAAUUGGCCUAAUUCACUUGAGCAUGGACAAUAGCAACUUUGAAGGAAUUAUUCCUAAUACUUUUGGGAAGUUUGAGAGAAUGCAACAAUUACUAUUGAAUGGAAAUAAGUUGUCAGGAGAGGUACCAUCCAUUAUAGGCAACCUCAGUCAAUUAUAUCUUUUGAGUAUAAGAGAUAAUAUGUUAGGAGGAAAUAUUCCUUCAAGCAUAGGACAUUGCCAAAAGCUACAAUCCCUAGACCUUUCACAAAACAUUCUUAGAGGAACCAUACCCAAAAAGGUCUUUAGUCUUUCCUCUUUAACAAACUUACUGAACUUGUCAAAAAACUCAUUGAGUGGUAGCCUACCAAUAGAAGUGGGUAAACUAAUAAGUAUCAACAAGCUAGAUGUCUCAGAUAAUUAUCUAUCUGGUGAAAUUCCAGUAACCAUUGGUGAAUGCAUAGUCUUAGAUAGCCUUUAUUUGCAAGGGAACUCUUUCAACGGAACCAUACCAUCCUCAUUGGCUUCACUUAAAGGUCUUCAAUAUCUAGACUUGUCAGGAAAUCGAUUGUCUGGACCGAUUCCAAAUGUUCUACAGAAUAUAUCAGUUUUAAAACACUUGAAUGUAUCUUUCAACAUGUUGGAAGGCGAGGUACCAAUGGAAGGUGUCUUUGGAAAUGUAAGCAGGUUAGUUGUGACUGGAAACAAUAAGCUUUGUGGAGGUAUUUCAGAGCUUCAUCUACAACCAUGCCCUGCCAAAUAUAUUAAUUUUGCAAAACACCAUAAUAUCAAAUUGACGGUCGUGAUAGUUAGUGUGGCAGCUAUUCUUCUCACAGUGACAAUUGUUCUAACUAUCUAUCAAAUGAGGAAAAAAGUUGAGAAAAAAAAUUCUGAUCCACCAAUAAUUGACCCGCUUGCCAGAGUUUCAUAUCAAGACCUUCACCAAGGAACUGAUGGAUUUUCUGCUAGAAACCUUGUUGGAUUAGGAGGUUUUGGUUCUGUCUACAAAGGAAAUCUUGCAUCAGAAGAUAAAUUUGUUGCCAUAAAGGUUCUGAACCUUCAAAAUAAGGGAGCUCACAAGAGCUUCAUUGUUGAAUGUAAUGCACUAAAAAAUAUGAGGCAUAGAAAUUUGGUCAAGGUUUUGACAUGUUGUUCAAGUACAGAUUACAAAGGUCAAGAGUUUAAGGCUUUAGUGUUUGAAUACAUGAACAAUGGAAGCCUAGAACAAUGGCUACAUCCAGGUAUAAUGAAUGCAGGGAUUCAAAGAUUGUUGGACCUUGAUCAACGACUGAAUAUCAUUGUUGACAUUGCUAGUGUAUUACAUUACCUUCAUCACGAAUGUGAGCAAGCGGUCAUUCAUUGUGAUCUAAAGCCAAGUAAUGUCCUUCUUGACGAUGACAUGGUUGCUCAUGUGAGUGAUUUUGGCAUAGCAAGACUUGUCUCAGCCAUUGACGAUACCUCUCACAAGGAAUUUAGUACAAUUGGAAUUAAAGGGACUGUUGGCUAUGCUCCUCCAGAGUAUGGAAUGGGUUCUGAGAUAUCCACACAUGGUGACAUGUAUAGCUUCGGGGUGCUUCUGUUGGAAAUGCUUACCGGAAGAAGACCAACGGAUGAAAUGUUUGAAGAGGGUCAAAAUCUGCAUAUAUUUGUUGAAAUUUCAUUUCCAAAUAAUAUUUUACAGAUUUUGGACCCACAUCUUGUACCAAGAAAUGAAGAAGCCAAAAUAGAAGAAGGAAAGAGUGGAAAUUUCCCUCCAAUCGUAGAGAAGUGCUUAGUUUCACUUUUUCGGAUUGGACUUGCAUGUUCAGUGAAAUCACCAAAAGAAAGAAUGAAUAUAGUUGAUGUCACCAGAGAGUUAAGCAUAAUCAAAAAGGCAUUUCUUUCCGGUGGGAUUGAUUUAGAAUUUUAGAUGCUUAAUUCCGUAUGCCUUAGCUUAUGCUCUAACCGAUUAUGUAGUUAAUUUCUUUUUUUGAUAUCUUGUUAUGUAUUUGAAAAUUACUAAACAUAAUAUACAAAGAUCAAUUUGGAUGUAUUGAUGAUUUCAUCCAUA